UAAGAAGUAAUUGGCAUUGUCGUCAUUUGUUUCCCAAAGUUUCAUGAAGGCUCGCUCCAAUUAUCCAGGUGUGGAAAAGCUGUGAGUCGCGCAGUGCAGCUGAAGGUAACAGAUGGCUGGAGCCUGUACUGCGGAUCGUCUUUUCACUGAACUAACCUAAAACAAAAGCUAAAAGAGAUUGAACGCGUAUUAAGUAUUCAGUCGUGUGGGAACGUAGGCCUAAAUAAUGCGAUACAAAUAAAUUUAAUUUCGUUUUGUUCAAGCUUUUCCGAUUAUUGGACCCACAGGCUAUUCCGAUUGAUUUAGUUCAGGUUUGGACUUGAGGAAGCUGAUCUGAGAUCUAUUCGAAGAACCUCACUAAAGUCUAGAACCACAGACGGAUAGGACAACCGCCAACACAAAACACUGCAAGUUCUUUUUAAAGAUCCUUACUGUCAUUUUAUUUUUUGUAAUUUGAAAUAGAUUUCUAAGUCUUUUUGUAAAUGAUUGUAAAGCCCAAUAUGGAUUUUCCACAAAUAGCCUACAUGUUUUAUACAUUUUACACAACUUCUAUCAUUAAAUUACGUAACGACAAAUGCAAAUUACCGCCUUUGAAACGGUUUCGAUUUACAAAUCUUUGGGCUUGGUAAUUACGCCAUUGAUUGAUUGAUUGAAUUUAUUUGACAAUUUGUAAAAUACAUACAUAAGGGCGCUCCAGCCGGUGACGUCUCCACAUACAAUUUAAGAAAAUCAUCAAGGAUAACACAAUUAAGCUUAAUAGCUUAUUUCCAUUGUGGUCCAACGGUAAUGAUGACGAAAUCCAUUCCCGGUUGUAUCAACCAUCAUCAUCAUCACACAUACACACAGACACACACACACACAGACACAUAGCGAGGACAACCAUUUUCUACCAACGCUGUCAGGGUGCUAGGGUGCACAUUACUAUUCAUACAAUGCAGCCGCAGCGUCAGUCACAGGCGUCCACAGAUGUUGCUAAAAGAGCAUCUCAGUGAGCUAGCAGAAGGAUUGGAGCGGAACAUUGGUGAUGUCUUCUCACCAAGUUGAUUUUGGAUUCUAUUUUUAUUCCUAUAUUUGGUGGUUGCAAUGUCGCCAACUCUCAGGCUGAUGUUCAUGUAUGUGCUGUUCCUCUGCUGUUUGUCUCCCUGCGCGGCAGACCUAUGCAACUGGAGUGGAAGUGGUUUGGCGCGCGAGGCCAACUCGCGGACUGUGCAGCAGGUGCGGCUGCGUUGCACGGAGGGUUCGGUGGAGUGGGUCUACCCGGGCCAGGCGCUUCGGGUCGUCCUGGAACCCAACCUGUCCUCUGCGCGCCACACAACGGUCUGUAUCAAACCGUUCCGCAGCUUCAACGGCGCCAGCGUCUACAUCGAGCGGGCUGGGGAACUGGACCUGUUGAUGACGGAUGGAGGGCGGCCGGAGCAGGUGUUCUGUUUUCCGGCGGACGGACCUCAGAAGCCAGCCAUCUUCCUCCUGGCGAACCCGCAGAGGGAUAUCAGCCAACGCGCAGUAGGCUUCAGAUAUGAGUUGCUGGGAAAUCGGACCACUACGCCCAACCUUGGCCAAAGUGUGUUGCAGGCUAGCUGCCGUCCCUGCAAUGACACAGAGCUCCUCCUGGCCAUCUGCAGCAGUGACUUUGUGGUUCGCGGCUCCAUCAGGAACGUAUCCCACAAUGCUGAGCGGCAGACAUCGUUGGUGGAGGUCUCAGAGGGGAGGGUGUACCGGCAGCGUAGCGGGGUGUUCGAGCGCCACACUGGCACCAUAGGGGUUCCCGGUUCCAGUUCCUCAUGGCACGGUCACAUCCACACACUGUUACAGUGUCACGUAAAGCCUGGGGGCGGAGAGUUCCUUUUCACAGGGACAGAACACUUUGGGGAGGCCUGGCUGGGUUGUGCCCCCCGCUAUAAAGACUUCAUGUCCCUCUACCAAUCAGCUUGGGCGGCUCGUCAGAACCCCUGUGAGUUCCCGCUGGACUGAGGGUGUGUCCCAUUUCCUAGUGGUAAUCCAUGAGCCCUUUGACCUAUAGGUAGGGUUUAUUUUCUUAAAUGGAACACAAUGAGUCUCUUCUUUCUACCCCAGUGGGCGUGGUAGAGGUUAUGUCGCCGUGGCAGCAAGCGAGCGAGAUGAGUUCCUCACGACCACAGCGGUUUGAGAGAUGUUGUCCCUUCUACUCCUACUGAUUCUAUACCGCUCACAACACCAGCAGGGACAAAUCUGUUGGAGCACUUGUAGAGCACAAGGAGUACAAGGCCCAGGGCAGGGGCCCACAAGGGACCCAUCCAGGCAGCACUAGAGGGGCCACCCCUGCCCCUGCCGGCCCCAGCGGGGAAAGGCUUAGAGAGCCUGGCCCUUUGUCUGUCUCUCUUCUCAACGCCCACAGCUCCCAGAGACUAAAAAUGGUUUGACUGCUGCUUCACGCUUUGUCUCUCCCCACACCAACUGCUGCUCACUUCAGGGUCUCGGCGUGAGAGGUGUCCUCUGGACUACUGUGGCAGGAAAUCAUAUGAAUUUAAUGUCUGAUUGUUGUUAGAGGUUUUAUGUGCUCUUGUUUAUUCCUUUAUACGAUAGGUUUUGAAAUAUUUUAUUGUAAUGUAAAUUAAAUGUUUUGUAAAUUCACAAGGAUUUGCUUAUUUACAUAUUGAUUGUAUCAUUUUGGUUUUAUUACAGGGUAUGGAUGAUGCUACUGUGUAGGUGCAAACCUUCAGUUUGAUUACCAUUUAUUGCCAAAUAUAUAAGCAAUGUUUGUGGGGAUUUCUUGUGUACUUUUUUGAUUGACUUGAAAUGCACUUUCAAGCAAUUACUUAAACCUUUGAACAAAAUAUUUAUUUUGUUCUUCAUAACAUUCUUUAUUGUGGUUCUUGAGCAUUCUGGGAAAAUAUUUGUUGAAAAUAGCUCCUCCUGUAGGAAAUAAUGAUCAUGAAUGUUUGCAUUACAAUUUUAUGCAACACAUUUAAAUGACAAAAAACAUCUAUUGCACUAUUGUAUCUAUUGUCUAUUAAAAUAAUGAUGUUACA